CGUUCCCCCAGCCUGUUGACCACCCCCCUGAAAGGUAUUCUAUGUUGCGGAGGAGGAGGAGAAGGUGCAUCCUGGGAAGAAACCUGUUUGAUUUACAGUGCGGGAAGUGGCUAAAGGAGGAAGUACCAGAGUGAGAGUGAGGGAAAUCAGAGGCCCAGGAGACGCAGGAGCAGAGCAUGUAGCCUGCUCUUGCUGCCAGGCUCCACCAAGGUGACUCGGUGUGAGAAGAUGCAUUUGUCAUUGCUGGUCCCCUUUCUCUUCUGGAUCUCAGGCUGCUGCACUGCUCAGGAUCCAGUCACAGGUCCAGAGGAGGUGAGCGGUUAUGAGCAGGGCUCCUUGACAGUGCAGUGCCGAUAUAACACAGGAUGGAAUAAUUACAACAAGUACUGGUGCCAAGGGGAUUAUUGGCAAACAUGUGAGAUUCUCGUUGAAACCGAUGCCUCAGAGCGGUUGAAGAAGAAGAACCGUGUGUCCAUCAGGGACGACCAGAAACACCGCAUCUUCACAGUGACCAUGGAGGAUCUGAGGAUGAGCGAUGCUGGCAUUUACUGGUGUGGAAUUACAAAAGUUGGAAGGGAUCCCAUGUUUAAAGUUCAUGUUAACAUUAACCCAGCAACCCAAGCACCCACUACAGUGUCAACCACGCCCCCCAUCACCUCCACCACCACCAUCUCCACAGUGACAACCACGGUAAAAGAGACCAGCACGUUUCCAAUGCCGACCAGCUACUACUCUGAUCACAGGCAUGACAGCGGUGGUGGUGUUGGUGACAGCGAUGGGUUUCUGGAUCUCAGUGUGCUCCUCCCAGUCAUCUCUGCAGCUCUGUUGCUUCUCCUGCUGCUGGUUUCACUCUUCGCUUGGUGGAUGGUGAGGAGACAGAAGAAAGCUGCUGGGCCACCCUCAGAGCAGGUACAGUCUCUGGAGGGUGAUCUCUGUUAUGCAAACCUGUCCCUGCAGCAGCCCAGAACCUCCCCUGGCUCCUCUUGGAAAAAGGGCUCCUCCAUGUCCUCCUCUGGCAAGGACCACCAAGAGGAAGUGGAAUACAUCACCAUGGCUCCCUUUCCCAGGGAGGAGAUUUCAUACGCAGCUCUGUCUUUGGGCAGCUUGGGUCAGGAGCCUACUUACAGCAACACUGGCUGCCUCGUUGCUCACGUUCCCAGGACAGGCCUUGAAGAGACCACAGAGUACAGUAGCAUCAGGAGGCCAGGCCUUGAAAAGGAGACCACAGAGUACAGCAGCAUCAGGAGGCCCUUGCCUUCGGCCAUGCCUUGAUCUCGAUCCCUGCAGGCGGCCUGCGAGCAUGUUUCUGCACACCUGCCUCUGUACCUGCUUCCUUACCAGGCCUAGUGGGUGACUGGAACUCUGUCCAUCCAUCUCUCAUGGCCGUCAUCUCUACCUUGAGCUUGGAGUUCAGCCUCAGGGUGUUUCAGUGAAUUAAGGUCCCUUCCACAUCCUCAUUUACAGCCAGUGUACCUUGGAAGGUACCAGGCAGGCUGCUUCAGGGAUGCUGUGGAAUUCGUAACAACGAUAAUAAUGAUAGCAACCAAUCUUUAUUUAUUGUUUUUCACAUGGAUCCCCCCAGGACAUUUUCAUCCUCAUAUCCAUAAUCUGUGAACUAUUUUAUACAAAGAAAGACAGGUACGUAUGUGUUUAAGUUAGGGUUUUGAGAUGAGUCUGUUACUAUUCAAGUAGGCCAAAAUAAAACCACAAGGGUCUCUUUUAAGGAGGAAUAGAGCAAGUCAGAGAGAGAGAGAGAGAGAGAGAGAGAGAGAGAGAGAGAGAGACAGAGAGAGAGAGAGGAACAGAAGCAGAAGAAGGUGGGGGAUGCAGCAGGAGCCAGGAUGCUGCACAUCCAGCAGCCAACAAAGCCAAGUUUCAGACUGUCCUCCCGGGUGGAGCAUCAGAGAGCUAUCAGGCCUGCCGGCAUCAAGGCUUGAGCCGAGUUGAAUUGACUGUGUACUUUCAGAAUUGUCAAAGAAUAAAGUUGUAUUGUUUUUAUUUA